AUGUCUCCUCCAACCGCUCUAACCUCGACCCCAAUUUACUCCCCUGAUUCUCAAAUUGAGGAUGUCACAACAGCAGUAGAUAAUCUGCAUUAUAAUUCUAAGCUUAGCUAUGGAAAUUUUGAUACCCAUUUUUAUGCUGGUCAAGACGAAGUCUCUCCUACUGGUUUGUUAAAAAUCCGUAAUUCCUACAGAAAAAAAUCAAAGUAUCCGGAUUAUUUACCAACUUGGGAUCCCACUGAGAAGCAUGAGCCGCUCAAAUUCCACGCGUAUCAAGAUCCUGCUUUGAAAGCAGACGUUGACUUUCCUAAUCUUUUUACCAAAGAAAGAAUUGGUCAAACAAAAGUGAAGAAGGUUACGCCAAAGUUUGGUCUUGAAAUUAGUGGGAUCCAGUUAACCGACCUCUCUGAUCCUGCGAAAGAUGAACUUGCCUUGCUUGUUGCGCAAAAGGGAGUAGUCAUUUUUAGAGAUCAGAAUUUUGCUGACGAAGGACCAGAAUAUGUAACUCAAUAUGGAAGUCAUUUUGGAAAGUUGCACAUUCAUCAAACCAGUGGACAUCCUCAGAAAGUCCCAGAGCUACAUAUUACUUUCCGUAGACCCGAUGCGGAUGAAUUUGCAAGAGUUUUUAAGGAUUCGACAACAUCUCGUGGAUGGCAUACGGACGUUUCUUACGAGCUACAGCCACCUUCGUAUACUUUUUUCACUGUUGUGGAAGGUCCUGACGGAGGCGGGGAUACUCUGUUUGCGGAUACCAUUGAAGCUUUCAACAGAUUGUCCAAACCCUUUCAAGAUUUUUUGAGUACUCUUCAUGUCAUCCACAGCUCGAAGGAGCAGGCUGAAAACUCACAAAGUCAGGGUGGGGUACAAAGGAGGUUACCAGUGACGCAUAUCCAUCCACUAGUUAGGGUCCACCCUGUUUUGAAGAAGAAGUGCUUGUAUGUCAAUCGUGCGUUUUCUAGGAAAAUAGUCGAGUUGAAAAGACAAGAAUCUGACUCACUAUUGGAAUUUUUGUACGACUUAGUGGAAAGCAGUCAGGAUUUACAAUUGAGAGCCAAAUGGGAACCCCGCACAGUUGUAGUUUGGGAUAAUCGCAGAGUCCAACAUUCCGCUGUGAUUGAUUGGGAAGAACCGAUUCACAGACAUGCCUUCAGAAUUACACCGCAGGCUGAAAGACCAGUGGAGGAUCUAAAGUUCCUGAACGAUGAAAACUACUACCCUUCUUCACAAACGUUGAAUAUUUAG